GCGGAGAGACAUGUAUAUUGUCAGUUUAUCCAUAAUCGUUGGUGAUUCAUCGUAUGCCACCAUUCACCUGUACAGGUGGCCUAACUUGAAUUCGGAAUGGAUGAAAACCUGAAGUUGGUCAACACCAAUGAAUGUCAACACCUUACACAAGGCACUUCUGUGCAUGCGCAGUUACACAGUUUGAUCACUUCCUAUCUUGCUGCACUCGGCUCCCUCCUCUCCCGGUCAAACAUUUUGCUAUUUCAAACACAAACAGACUAGCUAUAUUUUUCUGAAUAUUCUCUUCACUGAUGAAGAAUGGCGGGUAGUUUUGGAAAGAUCAUCGUUGGCGUGUAUGUUGAAAUAAAGAGAAGCGAUGGACGAAUACACCAAGCCAUGGUCACGUCGUUGAAUGAAGACAAUGAGAGCGUCACCGUGGAGUGGAUAGAAAAUGGAGACACAAAAGGAAAAGAGAUUGACUUGGAGAGUAUAUUUGCACUAAACCCAGACGUGGCCCCAGAAGAGGAGACUGCCCCCAGCCCAGAGACCCCGCCUCCACCAACGCCAACCUCUGUGAAGGUCAACAAGAUCCCUAAGAACCGACGAACAAUAGCACCCACUAAGAAUGACACUCCGUCCAGGGAUAACAGAGUGGUGUCGACCAGAGCCAGACCAGCUCAGCCCCAGCAGCUAGAGCCUGCCCCCCCUCCCCCCGUCCAGCAGGCAGCCCAGCCCACACAGCCCCAGACAGCCCAACAGUUAGCCAACGAAGCUUCAAUGCAUCAGCUAACAAGAAAGGAGUUUGGACAGCUUUCGAGGAGGAAGUCCAACUGUGUGAAGGAAGUGGAGAAACUGCAGGAGAAGAGGGAGAGACGACGGAUACAGCAACAGGAGCUGAGAGAGAAGAAAGCACAGGAGGUGGACACCACCGUCCCGAACUAUGAGAUCCUGUAUAUGAUCAGAGACUUCCGUGCCAGUCUGGACUACCGGCCGCUGUCCACCGCGGACCUGAUUGAAGAGCACAGAAUAUGUGUUUGUGUGAGGAAACGUCCACUCAACAAGAAAGAGCUGACUAUAAGGGACCUGGAUGUGAUCACCAUCCCCAGUAAGGAUGUGGUGAUGGUCCAUGAGCCCAAGCAGAAGGUGGACCUGACACGCUACCUGGAGAACCAGACCUUCCGCUUCGACUACGCCUUUGAUGACAGCACCACUAAUGAAAUGGUUUACAGGUUUACUGCCAGGCCCCUGGUGGAGACUAUCUUUGAGAGGGGCAUGGCCACGUGCUUCGCCUAUGGACAGACUGGUAGUGGCAAAACACAUACUAUGGGUGGAGAUUUUUCUGGAAAGAACCAGGAUUGUUCGAAAGGAAUUUACGCAUUAGCAGCUCGGGAUGUGUUUGUCAUGUUGAAGAAACCCUGCUACAGGAAGUUAGAUCUUCAGGUGUACGCAACUUUCUUUGAAAUCUACAGUGGAAAGGUGUUUGACCUGCUGAACGGUAAGGCUAAGCUCCGGGUGUUGGAAGAUGGGAAGCAGCAGGUGCAGGUGGUGGGGCUGCAUGAGAGAGAAGUCAAAUGCACAGAGGACGUUCUCAAACUCAUAGAAGUGGGCAACGGCUGCAGAACGUCAGGUCAGACCUCGGCCAACGCCCACUCGUCCCGUAGCCAUGCAGUGUUCCAGAUCAUUCUAAGAAGGAAGGGGAAGAUGCACGGCAAGUUCUCCUUGAUUGACCUGGCGGGGAAUGAGAGGGGCGCCGACACGUCCAGCGCUGACCGGCAGACACGCCUGGAGGGAGCUGAGAUCAACAAGAGCCUGCUGGCACUAAAGGAGUGCAUCAGGGCGCUGGGGCGGAACAAACCUCACACUCCGUUCAGGGCCAGCAAGCUCACCCAGGUCCUCCGAGACUCCUUCAUAGGGGAGAACUCCCGCACAUGCAUGAUAGCAACGAUCUCUCCUGGUAUGACGUCCUGUGAGAACACCCUCAACACGCUACGCUACGCUAACAGAGUAAAGGAGUUUGGGAUCAGUCCCUCAGACAUCCCCUUCUCCCAGGGCGGUGGAAGUCGCUCGGAGCUCUCGGAGCUCUCUCCCACCUAUGAGUAUGAUGACUUUGCUACCUCUCCCAGCAGAGUGAAGGAGCUGACGGUGGACCCUAAUCAGGUGAUAGAGGGGGUCCGGCCCAACAUCCAUGUGGUGGACCAGCUGGAUGAUGACUGGGACCACCUGGGCAGCUCCCCCCAGAGAGAUGACCUCAAACUGCUCUGUGAGCAGAACCUGGAGGAGGUGUCCCCCCAGCUCUUAACCUUCCAUGAGGCUGUCUCUCAGAUGGUGGAGAUGGAGGAACAGGUGCUGGAGGACCACAGAGCUGUCUUCCAGGAGUCUAUCCGGUGGCUGGAGGAUGAGAAGGUUCUGCUGGAGAUGACUGAGGAGGUGGACUAUGAUGUGGAUUCUUAUGCCACUCAGCUGGAGCAGAUCCUGGAUCAGAAGAUUGACAUCCUCACGGAGCUCAGAGAUAAAGUCAAGUCGUUCCGCUCGUCACUCCAGGAAGAAGAACAAGCCAGUAAGCAGAUCAAUCCUAAGAGGCCGCGUGCCCUGCUGUAGACCAGGCCAGGGAGGGGUGUGUGGAGGGGCAGUGACACAUACAGGAACAUAUACACUAGAUGCACUAUAUAUACAAAGUAUGGACACCCUUUCAAAUUAGUGGAUUUGUGGACUUACUGAAGAGCUCAAUGACUUUCAAUGUGGCACCGUCAUAGGAUGCCUUUUCCAACAAGUCAGUUUGUUAAAUUUCUACCCUGCUAGAGCUGCCCCGGUCAACUGUAAGUGCUGUUAUUGUGAAGCAUUUGGGAGCAACAACGGCUCAGCCGCCAAGUGGUAGGCCACAAGCUCACAGAAUGGAACCGCAGUGCUGAAGCGUGUAAAAAUCAUCUGUCCUCUGUUGCAACACUUGCUACCGAGUUCCAAACGGCCUCUGGAAGCACCGUCAGCACUAGAACUGUUCGUCGGGCGCUUCAUGAAAUGGGUUUCCAUGGCCGAGCAGCCGCACACAAGCCUAAGAUCACCAUGGGCAAUGCCAAGCGUCGGCUGGAGUGGUGUAAAGCUCGCUGCCAUUGGACUCUGGAGUAUUGGAAACGUGUUCUCUGGAGUGAUGAAUCACACUUCACCAUCUGGCAGUCCGACGAACGUAUCUGGGUUUGGCGGAUGCCAGGUGAACGCUACCUGCCCCAAUGUAUAGUGCCAACAGUAAAGUUUGGUGGAGGAGGAAUAAUGGUCUGGGGCUGUUUUUAGUGAUUCAGGCUAGGCCCCUUCGUGAAUUUUAACGCUACAGCAAACAAUGAAAUUUUAUACAAUUCUGUGCUUCCAACUUUGUGGCAACAGUUUGGGGAAGGCCCUUUCCUGUUUCAGCAUAACAAUGCCUCUGUGCACAAAGCGAGGUCCAUACAGAAAUAGUUUGUCGAGAUUGGUGUGGAAGAACUUGACUGGCCUGCACAGAGCCCUGACCUCAACCCCAUCGAACACCUUUGGGAUGAAUUGGAAUGCUGACUGCGAGCCAGGCUUAAUUGCCCAACCUCACUAAUGCGAUUGUGGCUGAAUGGAAGCAAGUCCCCGCAGCAAUGUUCCAAUAUCUAGUGGAAAGCCUUCCCAGAAGAGUACAGGCUGUUAUAGCAGCAAAGGGGGACCAACUCCAUAUUGAUGCCCAUGAUUUUAGAAUGAGAUGAUCAGGUGUCCACAUACUUUUGGCCGUGUAGUGUACUUAGCACAGCUGUCUCACCCUGUCACAACCGCCUGUGAAAAGACAAAGGAAAGGACUCAUUCGUUUUCCAAUCAGGGUCACGGAUGUCACCAGAAAUAACGUGAGGGGAAGUCACCUGAAAUAACGGGAGGGGAAUGCAACCUUGGAUCCCCCCCUUUUUUUUUCUUUUUUCUUUUUGCUGAUUUAAAAUUCAGUUUUUUUUGCCCUGUUCUAUUUUAUUUAUUUACUUCUCUUUUUUUCCUCGUAUUUCUUUAAAUUGAACGGCUGUUGACUUUGCUUCAUCAGAGACCUCUCCAUGUUGGUUGUGCUUUAGGGUUCUACGAUACCAGUGUUGUGGAUUCUGGUAGGUCUGACUGACAUGCAGACAUGUGCCACUCUGUAUAUUGGGCGCCAUCAUGCAGACAUGUGCCACUCUGUAUGUUGGCCUCCAUCAUGCAUGUGGCUGGGUCACUCCUCAGUUAACACUGUACAGCAUAUAGAUGUUACUCUGUAGGACCAGUCUUUCUCUUGCUCCUCUGAGUUUGAGAGGUGUCAAAUCAAGCUGUGCUUCUUCUCGUGUUGUCUUUCCUCCCUUUGUAUCCAUGUUUUCAAAGACCAGUCUAUAGUUUGAUUCAGUUGUGGCGACCCCAGUUAAUUUGUUACCCCUUUUACUUUUAUACUGUGAAGUCAUUUUUCACUCGCUUUGUAAAAAAAAAAAAUGGAACAAAACCCACUAACAAAUGUAUAGUAAAAACCACUGACCUACUGCUGCAUAUGUUAUUCAGUGUUUGCACCAGAUGUGACAUUGGCUCAAUAAAGAAUCACCUGUAUUGAUUUGAA